AUGAAUUUAGAGAUUAAUAGAUUGAAUACUUUUUCAAACUGGCCCAUGGGAGCCCCAGUAGAUCCGAUACGAAUAGCGAAGGGGGGCUUCUUUUAUACUGGGCAAGGUACAGAGGUGGAGUGUUUUAGUUGUGGUGGAAAAAUUUCGCAGUGGAAUUACGGUGAUCAAGUGAUGAUGCGCCAUCGGCGGAUGGAUCCCAACUGUCCAUUCGUGGUGAACCCACAGAUGGCGGGGAACGAGCCACUCGUUUUGGAUCGCGCGUUCACGGCCCAGUCAGCCACAGUUCCUGUGCCUGCUCCUGUCCCUGAUGAGCUUGUGACAUCCUCGCAAGACGCUGGGCCGACUGAAGAGGAUGAAUUGUAUAAAAGUGAUGCUCUCAGGCUGCUAUCUUUUAUCAAUUGGCAGGACGACUCAAUAUCCAGAGAAGCACUGGUUAAUGCGGGGUUCUACCACGCCGGGGAGGGGCGGUUGCGCUGCGCGUGGUGCGGGGGAGAGUUGGCCCCUUUCAGAAACCUUGGCUCUUUAGGAGCACCUGUAGAUAUACAUCGGAGGUAUUUCCCGCGGUGCGAUUACGCCCUCCGGUUAGAUAAUGCGUAUCGCGCGUCCAACAUAUCGCCUCCAUUCUCGCCACCGCACACCCCCCAGGUGGAAUCGCCACGGAAUUCCGUGAUGUCGGAAGGCGCCCUACACAACUCUCGCCUCCUCGCCCGGGACGGGCAGCACUGCACGCAGCUGGGCGUGGUGGGGGUCUCCGGGCCCGGCGUGCAGCACCCCGCGCUGGCGAGCCUGGCCGCGCGCCGCGCCACGUUCCGCGAGUGGCCGCGGGCCCGGCCCCAGGGACCCGAUACCCUAGCCGAAGCGGGCUUCUUCUACACCGGGCAGGAUGACCAAGUGAGCGUCCAACACAACUCGCGUCUCCUCGCUCGGGACGGGCAGCACUGCACGCAGCUGGGCGUGGUGGGGGUCUCCGGGCCCGGCGUGCAGCACCCCGCGCUGGCGAGCCUGGCCGCGCGCCGCGCCACGUUCCGCAAGUGGCCGCGGGCCCGGCCCCAGGGACCGGACACCCUGGCCGAGGCGGGCUUCUUCUACACCGGACAGGACGACCAAGUUUGCUGUUUCUACUGCGACGGCGGGCUGGGGAAGUGGGAGGCGAGCGACGAGCCGUGGGCGGAGCACGCGCGCUGGUUCCCCGGCUGCGGGUUCGUGCAGCUCGUGAAGGGCGCAGACUUCGUGGCCCAACACCGCGCCACACACCACGCGCCGCGGGCGACGCCCGAUGACAGAUCAGUUAAUAAUAGACAACGAAAUCCAUCAGUCAAUUUUCCAGUCAAUGAGAGCCAGGUGGAGGAACAGAUGGACUCGCAGCAGGCGCUGGUCGCGUUGGGAGCGGGUUUGGACGCGGCGCGGGUGCGGCGCGCUAUCAGACGGCGGUUGCAGACCACUGGGUUGCCGUUCACGUCAUCGGAAGCGCUGAUCGACGCGGUACUGGACGAGCAGCUUAACGAAGAAAGUUGGGGAGUGACCACUAACCAGCGGUUCGCGAGGGAUAUCCUCGCCGAGGCACUCAGGGAGUUCGCUCCUGCUGCCGGAUUAAUACCAUCACCAGACUGCGACCAAACAUCUCAAUCGGAAAGUUCCUCGCGAUCUCGAACGCCCAACGAGCCUCAACCCAGCCAAGAAGUUAUAGUAGCGCAUGCGGAUACUAGUCAAACUGCCAGCAGGGACCCUGUCAGACUGAACUGUAGAGUUAGCAAUGACAGAGACAGCGAUAGAACUGACAGAGUGGGAAGUGAGAAGGAAAACAGUCCGGUGAGGAAGAAAUUGUCUUUGGAAGAGGAGAAUAGGCAGCUGAAGGAAGCGAGGCUGUGCAAAGUGUGUAUGGAUAGCGAGGUGAGCGUGGUGUUCCUGCCGUGCGGGCACCUGGUGUCGUGCGCGCGCUGCGGCGCGGCGCUGGCCACGUGCCCGCUGUGCCGCGAGCCCGUGCGCGCGCUGGUGCGCGCCUACCUCGCGUGA